AUGGCAGACCUGUGCCGCACGGACUCUGCACUGACGGCGCUGGACGAGGAGGUGCUGUGGGAGAUGAUGGACAGCCACCGCCACAAGAUCGUGCGAAGCAUCUGCCCCAGCCGCCUCACGCCCUACCUGCGCCAGGCCAAGGUGCUGGGCCAGCUGGACGAGGAGGAGGUGCUGCACGGCCCCAGGUUCACCAACAGCGCCAUGCGAGUCGGGCACUUGCUGGAUUUGCUGAAGACUCGAGGGAAGAACGGGGCCAUCGCCUUUCUGGAGAGCCUGAAGUUCCACAACCCCGACGUCUACACCCUGGUGACCGGGCUGCAGCCUGACGUUGACUUCAGCAACUUCAGUGGCCUCAUGGAGACGUCCAAGCUGACCGAGUGCCUGGCCGGGGCCAUCAGCAGCCUGCAGGAGGAGCUGAGCCAAGAGAAGGGGCAGAAGGAGGCACUGCAGCGUCAGUGCCAGCGGCUGCAGGAGCGCCUGGGCCUGGCCGAGGCCCGCGCCCAGGACCUGCACCAGCUGGAGGCCGACCACAGGCGCAUGAAGAGCGAAGUCAGCACCCACUUCCACGAGGUGCUGAAGCUGAAGGACGAGAUGCUCAGCCUGUCGCUGCACUACAGCAACGCGCUGCAGGAGAAGGAGCUGGCCGCCACGCGCUGCCGCAGCCUGCAGGAGGAGCUGUAUCUGAUGAAGCAGGAGCUGCAGCGGGUGAACAUGGUUUCUUCCUGUGAGCGGGAAUUUCGAGAGCGAUCCCUGAAGAUGGCCAGUGACCUGGAGUCUGGAGUGGGGGAGCUGGACCGCCUGAGGGGAGAGAAUGAGAAACUGCGCUCCCUGACUUUCAGCCUGGUGGAGAAGGACAUUCUGGAGCAGAGCUUGGACGAGGCCCGGGAGAGCAAGCAGGAGCUGGUGGACCGCAUCCACUCGCUGAGGGAGCGGGCCGUGGCCGCAGAGAGGCAGCGCAAGCAGUACUGGGAAGAGAAGGAGCAGACCCUGCUGCAGUUCCAGAAGACCAAGAUGGACUGCGAGCUGCUCAAGGAGAAGGUGAACGCCCUGCAGAGCCAGGUGGCCGAGUUGCAGAAGGAGCGUGACCAGGCCUACUCAGCCAGGGACAGAGCCCAGAUGGAGAUUUCUCAGAGCCUGACAGAGAAGGACUCCCUUCGCAGGAAAGUGUUCGAGCUGACCGACCAGGUCUGUGAGCUGCGCACACAGUGCUGCAAGCUGCAGGAGGAGCCUCCAGGUGCGCCUGAGCAGGAAAAGGGGGCCAGGGACCCCUGUCCGCGGGGGAAGCAGCGGCUGGUGCGUAUGCAUGCCAUCUGCCCGCGGGACGACAGCGACGGCAGCCUCUUCAGCUCCACCGAGUCUCAGCUCUGGUCGGACCUGAGCGCCACGUCCAGCCGUGAGCUGGCGGACAGCUUCCGCUCCAGCAGCCCUGUGCCUCCCAGCCAGCAGUCCCUAUACAAGCGGGCAGCAGAGGACUUCUGGGAAGUCCCCUGGCCUUCAAGAAGCUUCCGGGACUUCCUGGAAGUAGACCUGGGAGCCUCCCUGGGAGCUAAGGCGGGAGACGCAGACCUGGAUUAUGAGAUCCUAGACAAGGCAGACAUUCCCCAGCUGGAGAGCAGCCUGCAGCCAUUCUCCUCUGGAAGCCUGGAUGUCUCAGAAAGCAGCAUCCCUGUGCGGCGGCGACCAGCCCGCAGGAUCCUGAGCCAGGUCACGGUGCUGGCGUUCCAGGGGGAUGCGUUGCUGGAUCAGAUAAGCAUCAUCGGCGGGAACCUCACGGGCAUCUUCAUUCACCGGGUCACCCCGGGCUCGGCAGCAGACGAGAUGGCCUUGCGCCCGGGCACCCAGAUUGUGAUGGUUGAUUAUGAGGCCUCGGAGCCCCCGUUCAAGGCCGUCCUGGAGGACACCACCCUGGAACAGGCCGUUGCGCUUCUCGGGAGGGUGAACGGCUUCUGCUGCCUAUCUGUGAAGGUCAACACAGAAGGCUACAAGAAGCUGGUCCAGGACCUGGAGGCCAAUGUGGUCACCUCUGGGGACUCAUUCUACAUCCGGGUCAACCUGGCCAUGAUGGACAGGGCAGAGGGGCAGCUGCAGGUGCGCUGCAAUGACGUCCUGCACAUCACCGACACCAUGUUCCGGGGCCGCAGCUGCUGGCACGCCCACCACGUGAGCCCCUACUCCAUGCAGGACACUGAGCACGGCACCAUUCCCAACUACUCACGGGCUCAGCAGCAGCUCAUAGCCCUCAUCCAAGGCAUGACCCAGCCGUGCACACCCUCCCGCAAGCAGUCGUCUGGGGGGCCGCAGAAGUUGGUCCGCAUCGUCAGCUUGGACAAAGCCAAGGCCAGCCCUCUGUGCUCGUCCUUUGACGGGGCACAGUCAGACCCCGGCAGGGUGGAAGAAUCCCCCACCACGUGCUUCUGGGCUGAGAGCUGCUUCACGCUGGUGCCCUACACGCUGGUGCACGCCCACAGACCCACCCGGCCCCGGCCCGUGCUCUUCGUGCCCAGGGUGGUUGGGAAGAUCUUGAGCGAGAAGCUGUGCCUCCUCCAGGGGUUUAAGAAGUGCCCGGCAGAGCACUUGAGCCAAGAGGAGUAUGACACCUGGAGCCAGAGAGGGGACGUCAUCCAGGAGGGGGAGGUGUCUGGUGGCCGCUGCUGGGUGACCCGCCAAGCUGUAGAGUCCCUCAUGGAAAAGAACACGCACGCCCUCCUGGACGUCCGGCUGGACAGCGUCUGUGCCCUGCACAGGGUGGAGAUUUUCCCCAUCGUUGUCCACGUCUCUGUCAAUGAGAAGGCAGCGAAGAAACUUAAGAAAGGCCUGCAACGGCUCAGCACCUCGGAGGAGCAGCUCCUGGAGGCAGCCAGGCAGGAGGAACGAGACCUGGACAAAGCACCCUGUCUGUACAGCAGCCUGGCCCCUGACGGCUGGAGUGACCUGGAUGGCCUGCUCAGCUGUGUCCGACUGGCCAUCAGCGACGAGCAGAAGAAGGUGGUGUGGACAGAGCAGAGCCCCCAGUGA